UUACAUUUCUUUACCUAUCAGCUCAAUCUAGCUAUUAAAUAUGGCAUGUUGACCAUUAUUAAAAUACUAAAAUUAACCGUCAAAUACAUAUGUAAUAUGUUUGGAGUUUUCAGGUCCUUGUAGGGCUGAGGAUGCUCUCAAAAGGAAACUUUUUGUCAGAGUCUGCCGACAUUCAUGGCAUAUCAAAAGCUACAGCUGGAAGGGUGUUUAAUGAUUUUCUGGAUGCAGUUAUCAGAAACAUUGGAAAUGUAAGGUUACCAUCCACAAGAGAUGAGGUAUUAAGGACAAAAGUGGGAUUUUUCAGGAAGUGCAGGAUACCCAACAUCAUAGGAGCAGUGGAUGGAACAUUGGUCCCUAUUCUUGCUCCUAAGGACAAUGGGGUUGCCUUCAUAUGCAGGAAGGGUUACCAUGCCAUCAAUGUCAUGGCUGUAUGUGACCAUGAAAUGAGAUUCACUGACAUUGUAGCCAGAUGGCCAGGUUCCCAGCAUGAUGCAGCUGUGUUUGAUGUAUCUACACUAAAGGUUAUUGUGUACUUAAGCUAAAUCAUUAUCACAAACAUUGUUGUUUUCUUUUUCAGUAAAAACAAUUCUUAUCUGUCAUCCUGUAGAAAUUAAACAUUUAAUUGAGUGCAAGUUAUAGGGAAGAACAUAUGCAAACACAUCAAUAAUUAUAAUAUUUAACUGAACUAUGACUAAAUAACUUAACAUAGUAACACCUUAACGUUUCAA